CUUGAUGACGUCACCAUCAGUCGCGGCUGUGUCCCAUCAAGUGAGAGACGUCAGGAAGUUGAACAGACGACACAUUAAAGACACGCGCGCUCCUUCUAGAAGUAAGAAGAAGCUUCGAAUCUGAAGUUUGAAGAUGGAUCUUCUCCUGCGACCUGCGGCGGCACUUGGCGGCUUGCUGGCCGCACUUGGUGACUUGUUGACGGACAUGUUCCUCACGCCGCCGCUGGAGGCUUCACUGCAAUACUUACAAGACACCCCGCUGACCACCUUGACUCCAGAGAAGACGGCGCUGAGGGCCAAGAGUCUGUGGGAGGAGACGGGCGCGGUGGUCAUGGCGGUGCGAAGGCCAGGAUGAUUCCUGUGCAGAGAGGAGGCCGCCGAGCUGUCCUCUCUCAGGCCCCGGCUGGACCGGCUGGGGGUCCCCCUGUACGCCGUGGUCAAGGAGGACGUGGGCACGGAGGUCCAGGACUUCAGGGCCUACUUCAGCGGGGAGAUCUUCUUGGAUAAAGAGCGGCGCUUCUACGGACCACGUGAGCGGCGGCUGGGCCUGCUGGCCUUCCUCCGCGCCCGGGUCUGGAUGAGCGGCCUCAGGGCCUUCAGGAAAGGCUUCACGGGGAACAUUCUGGGCGAGGGCUUGGUGCUGGGCGGCGUCUUCGUCGUGGGACGCCAACGUCAGGGAAUCUUGCUGGAGCACCGAGAGAAGGAGUUUGGAGAUAAGGUGGAGUGUGAGGACGUGAUGCGAGCUGCCAGGAGGAUUGUGUCCAUGACGACUUAAUGAUUGUUAAUUAGGAUGAAUUAAUGAGUUCAGUCUGUUCAUGAAGGUCUGCUUUUCAACUCCACUGAGCAACCAGACUUGAUGUCUUCAGACUCCACUCCUUUCAACUCAUCUUCUUCAAUAAAACAUCUCUGCACUGUUCAACUAUUA